GAGGCGCCACGGCUACGGCUGGGCGCGCGCAUGAGAAAAGCGUUUGUUUCAAACGAAACUCGGCAUCCGCGUAGCUCGCCCGCCUGCGCGACCUUUGUCAAACAAAUAAUAUGACAAGACUGACUAAUGCUCAGGCCAGGCGGAAAGUACCUGUGUGCUAGUGACUUGUGAAAACAACCGGAUUACGGCUAUACGGCGCAGGAGUUACGCUGCAGUCGUUAUCAGUGAAAGUAUGGCGAUAUGUGACAGAUGGGUCGCACUCAAGAUAGUAGAGUUUCUCCUCUGCGUGGCGUGCGUGGCGGCGCGGCGCGUGUCGUCGGACGACGAGGCGCGGCUGGCGCUGCUGCUGCAGAAGCUGUCGCGAGAGUGGUCGCUGCUCAACUCCGUCACCUGGGAUUCGGUCGGCGGGUCCUUCGCUGACGCGGUUUAUGGAGGUUACGUGAUCAUCACGUUCGGGCUGCUGCUCGGCCGCAUAUUCCAGGAGGUGCCGAAGGGGCGCCGCAUCCUCGAGGGCUUCCUGCUGGGAUGUGGCCUUCUGUUCUUCCUAGUCCUCGGUGGUUUGGCGCUGGCGUCGCUCGACUCGGUUCCCCACACGCUGGUGACUAACGCCACUGUCCUGGGGACGCUGUCGCUGAUAGUGGCGGCUUUAUUCCUCCUUGACCUGAUGAGUCCGCGAGUGUACACGGCGGCUCGGCCCACACAGACCGAAGGCACGGAGACUGUAUCUCCGAUUGUGGGAAAGAAGGUCUCCAUAGCCAACCCGCCCAACACCAAUGGCCAUCUACCCAACGAUCCCGCCGCCAAAACGAAUGGCCACUUACCCAAUGGCCACGCAAAUGGACAUUUACCAAAUGAUAAGAAAGAAGCGGACGAUAAAACCAAAGAAGACAAAAUGACCCAAAAAGAGGAGACAACUUUAUUCGACGCACCUAAACACUACCCAAAGUUCGACGACAGCCCUACAGAUGACCUAGGGAAGUCCAAGUUCGGUUCUCUGAGAGACGGCAUGGAGGGCGGCAACUACAUCCGUCUGUCGGACCCUCUGGCUCCCGACCGGUACGACCGCCUGCACUACGAGCACGAGCUCGCCAAGUUCAACGAAAAGUACUUCCGAGACUACCUGGAUACAGUCGACGGAAGAUUCAAUGUUAAAGAGGACUACUUGCCUGAGCCGCAGCUGCCGUUGUUCUCUAAGGUGCGCUCGCCGCGGCUGAAGAGCCUCUAUGAAGACGUGUCUCCGACGUACGAACAAAAACGAGCAUCGAAAUCCCCUUCCCGUGUGCGAACAGUCUCCACACCCACGCUGCAGCAGUUAGAGGACUAUUUAAAAGGGUCGAACAGGAACAAUAGACGGGCCGACACGCCGGCGUUGUUCCCUAUGGAGCCGAUAGCGGAGCGCGCGGACGGGCUGGACGGGCGCGCGUCGGGGACGCCCACAGACCCCGGCUUCGUGCAGUACUCGGCCGACAAGUGGCCCGACAAGCGCGACAUACGCACGCCCCGGCAUAGUCCUACACAUUGAUGGGGAAGUGGCUCGGUGCUAUCAAUAAGGGUCUGAUGGACAUUGAAUGCGUGAUCAAUAAGUUAGCAAGUGAUAACUUUUAUAAAUAUAUAUGAUACGAUAAGAAAGACGCGAUGAUAGGAAUUUAAGUUAGUAUUAUGAUUUACUAACUUUAUGUUUAUUUAAAGUAAGUCAAAUGUAUAUUUUUACGCGAUAUUAAAGUAACGAAGUGUCAA